ACAGGAAAUUAUUUUCAUGAGACCGGUGACAAAAGGAGUAAACCGCGGGAAAGGACGUCAAUUUCUGUUUAUAAUACACUAAUACAGUCCUCUUCUUACACUCAUACAGUUUUACUGCAAGUGGAGUUGAUAUGGCAGCAGCAGUACAGACAAGCUCCCAGCACUGGAGACAACAAGGAAACAGUUUAUAUACAAGUGUGAAAGAGGGCCUUGCCCCAGCUGUCAGUAAAGAAAGGUUUAAACAAGCUAUUCAGUGCUACCAGAGAGCUUUUGACUCGGGCAAAACAGAAGAUGAACAGGCCUCAGCUGCAAAGAACCUGGGCAUGUCAUGCUGGAGACUUGUCAAGUUGAUGGGAGAGGGGGAGAUAUCGUACCUGGACACGUACAUGGUUCUCUAUCAUUGUAAAGAAGCUUUCAAGUUCUUUUCCUUUGCCUACAUACAUGGAAAGGCUGUCAAACCAGAAGCCUGGACUACUGGUGUUUUAUCAUCCACUAGAGCAUGCUGGGAAGAUGUUUCAAGCAACAUCCUUGAAGACCUUGAGUUUGAUGCUCGUUGCCAGGCACUGUAUGACAUUGCUCAAGCUAUAGAGGUGGAUAUUGUUAAAGCUCAGUCGUAUCUCAAAUUGGCAGAGUGCCAUUUUCAUCGUGGCAUACUGGCUUUGCAGAAAUGUGACUAUAAAAAAUGUUUGUCAGCCAUGAGAGAAUGCUACAUGCCCCUAAAUGAGGCACCACGACUGACAAGUGAGGACCAUAUGUUGACGGAGAUAAGAGUUCUGGAGUCUGAUGUUUUGAUGCACCAGUGUAUGGCCGAGUCCAUUCAAGCUAGAGCAAUAGGGGAUUCAUUAUUUGAUAAAGUGCUGCUGGAGGAAGAAUCACUCAACAUUGAUAUGGUGUGGGAAGUUAUUGAUUGGUACAAACAGGCUACCCUUAGAACCAGGGAGAUAACUGAAGUGGAGCUAGAGGCAAUAGCUGUGAGUCGUACAGGACGGGUGUAUGAUAAAGUUCUCAAGUUGAAGUACAAGGCAAAAGAAUACUACAAACUGGCCAUACAGCUGGCACAUUCUAUGUACCCAAGGACUUUUGCCAUGGAAGAGUGGUACAAGGAAGCUGCACAAAUGGUGGAAAAAUAUCAACAGGACACAGUCUCAGCAGAAGAAGAGAGGAAGAAACUUGAAAAAAUGGAGAUCUUGAAAACGCUUGAAAAGGAAAUCAAGCAGCUGAAGGACAAGGAGGGAUCAGAUAAUGAGGAUUUCUUGAAGUUUGUCUACAAAACUUUCCCUCCAAAGAAGAAGACAAAUAAACUGAAGCUUCCAAAGAUUGCGGACCAGGAUUUUUACUCGAAGAUGAAGAAGGCGUUGCAGAAAGCAGUGGUGCACUAUCAUCCUGACUCGGUAGAUGAAGAAAAACAUGGUAAAAAAUGGAAAGUCUUGUGCGAAGAGAUCACAAAAUACUUCACACAGAGGUAUGAAAGGAUGAAGUAAAACAUUGUGGCGAUAUUGUUGAAAGUCAUGGUUGUGAAAUACCAUUCCAGUUAAAUAGAAUUCCAGCUUUUUACUUUUACCCUUUUUUUUUAUAUAAAUAUUUCAGAAGCAAAUCACAACAUUGCUGAGGAAUGACUUGUUAGAUCUUAUAAGUAAGGAGUAGAUGUGACUGCAAUAUUAUUGUGUUCAGUGAUUGAUGAAAGGUGAUUUGUGAAGUCCUGUAUGGAACAUUGUAUACACCAGACAUUACAUUUCAAUAAAUGAUAUUUCAGAUAAAGGGAGAAAAGUAGGCCAGAGGCAUUUUGUUCAUAUGACCCUUUUAAGACAUUGUCCAGCGUCAGCAUUGGUUUUGUGGUUUCUUUUACAAAUAAUUUUUCAGUUAUAAUCAAGUUCUAUAAUGAGGUGUUGUUUUUUUUUUCACUUGAAGCAUUAAAUGUUAUUUGUCAUUGUGGCAAUUGUAAAAGAAAGUUUUUCUUGCAAUUUGAUCUUGUUGGAAUUUUAUUUUUGAUUUUGUUUAGUUUCAAACUUAGACAUUCAAGUUUAAUGAAGUAUUCUUCCUUUCAGUAUAUUUUUUAACUAUAAACGGCUUGACUUUGAUAUUACUUGUUAAAAAUGCCUCUGUUUGGUCAGAUUUCAUGUUGGCUUGAACAGAAAUUGUUGUAUUAUGACAAAAAAUUCCACAUAGGUAUACAGUGUAUACAAAUAGGCAGAACUUGUGACCCGUGACCCAGAUUUACUUCAGAUAAACUGACUUAAGUGACUGCAGUAUGGUGUAUAUAAGUUGACCCAGUUUUGACAAAAUGUGCUUUUAUAUGCCAUCUACAUGGCUUGUUUUUGUCUUGUUUGUUUUAUAGACUUUGUACAUAAUAGAUAGAUUUGUUUUAACUUUGCAUGUUAAAAAGUUUUAGUGGAUAGAUUUGUUAACUUUGCAUGUUAAAAAGUUUUAGUGCUUUUAUGUUCUGAUGGGACAGGACUAACUUUAAUAAGAUAGUGCUGUACAGAAUUUUAUGACAUUGUAGUGGUUCAUACUUCUAGAGUGAUGUUUUUUUUGUUAUCCCUAAAAUCUGGGGAUGGGAGGCAUUUGGAUUUGUCUUUGUCUGCCCAAAUUUGUCGAAUGUCUGCUUUGUAUUUCACUCAGCCAGAUCAGAGUUAUGGCCCUUGACUAAGAAGUAUGUAUAAAGGGCUAAACAUCUGUCAAACAUGUCUCAAGUUGUUUUUUGACCUAGACUCAUAAAACAUGUAAGAUUAUUAUUCAGCAUGUGAAGUUGUUAUGCAACUUGGAUUUAAACCUGUCCCUUAAAAGUUACUUUCAGUUUCUUUAAUCUUACAUAUCUUGUUGAUGUUUUAUAGUAUCAGGCUUCUUCACAUCUGCCAGACCCAGAUAUUAUGAAGCUUCACUAACAUGACCAUAUAGUGACAGUAAGUGGGGACACUAGUAUCCUAUAAACACAAAUGUAGUUUUAUUCAGCUACAGCUGAUUUUAAACUUUUAGGCUUCAUUUAGAUUUCUGAAUGUUCUUUGUCACUUUGUAUCCUUGGUGAACUUCAGUAAAUAGGGCUGUCAUUGCUAAUCUGUGAUUUGAAGACAGUAUGUUAAAAAUCAUUCAUACUCCACCACUGUUGCAGCCAAGUUGACAGUUACUAGUGAAGAACAGAUUGUUAGUGGGAAAAAACAGAAUGCUGGUUACUUUAACUGACAGCUUUGUAUGUUGAGAACAAAGGUUAAGUUAACAGACAGGUCUAUAAAAAAGAACACUGGUAAGAUUAACUGACAGCUUUGUAUGAUUAUGGGGAACAGUGUUUUAGGUAACAGGCAGCUCUAUAAAAAGGAACAGUGGUUAAAUUAACUGACAGCUUUGUAUAUGGGGAACAAAGGUUAAGUUAACAGACAGGUCUAUAAAAAGAACACUGGUAAGAUUAAUACAGCUUUGUAUGA